AUAUGUGUAACUCGCUAUAAAGACAACACACUGAGCACAGAGCCACAAGGUAUCUUUCAACUGCAUAGAUUUCCAGCCCAGCAAGGAUCUCCGGCUAAGAAUUCUCUAAGGCUCGAACUAUUGGAAAGAUAAUCUACUGCAGUGCUGCUGACUUCAUGAAGAUAAUUGACUAAUUAUGUCUUCAGGAGGAAGGUCUGUAAACCCAUGUUACUGAGAAGGGAAAAGAAGAGCAUUGAAAGGUGAAACCGGGCAUUCCUCGCAGUGCCACCUGUGAUAAUGUGUAACCAGCUCAUACAUUCUGUUUGUUGAUUGAAUUCAUUGAGGCGAGAACAAGCUUCCAACUUUUUGAAGAUGUACAACAAUGACUCUUUGCUGAUGAAUGAGAGCAUUUCAGAAGAGAUGAAGACCAUCAGCCUGGAUGAUGAUGCCACUCUUCCCAUUUACGGGCUGGCUAGCUUCCGGAUCCUUAUUUCUACGGUCUACUCGUUAGUGUGUGUGGUGGGGCUCUUGGGAAACCUCUCAGUGAUGUACCUAAUAAGGGCAAAGAAAGCUACAGGUCUUACUGCCAUUGAUGUCUUUGUGUUCUGCUUGGCUCUGACAGACUUCCAAUUUGCUCUCACUCUCCCCUUUUGGGCUGUGGAUGCCGUCAUGGAUUUCAGCUGGCCUUUUGGGCAUUCCAUGUGCAAAAUUGUCUUAACUAUGACCAUUCUGAAUGUCUACAACAAUAUCUUCCUGCUGACUGCCAUGGCUAUGACUCGGUAUUGGGCAGUGGCUUCGGCACUAAGUCUCAGAGGAAGAGUGUCUGCCACAUCUGCUAAGUGGAUCAGCUUGGCUCUGUGGAUCUUUGCUGUUGUUGUCACAAUCCCUACCACCAUAUUUGCCACUACCAGUAAAGUUUUAGGUGAAGAUCUGUGCCUCCUUAAAUUUCCUGGAAACAAGUGGCUGGCCACUUAUCAUCUUCAAAGAGUCAUCAUUGGGUUUGUAAUACCUCUAGUGGUGAUUUCCUCAUCCUAUGUAAUGCUUCUAAAUUUCCUGAGACAACACAGAGUGAAUGCCAACAACCAACACCGACAAAGUAAAAUCACAAACUCUGUACAGUUGAUCAUUAUUGUCUUCUUUAUCUGUUGGUUCCCUAACCAUGCAGCCAUCUUCUGGGGCAUUCUGGUGAAGUAUGAAGCCAUACAGUGGAGCGAGGCAUACUAUUAUUUCCACACAUAUGUUUUCCCCAUCACGCUUUGCUUUGCUCAUAGUAACAGCUGUCUGAACCCUGUUAUUUACUGCCUCAUGAGGAAAGAGUUUCGGACAGCUCUAAAGGCUUCCUUUUGUCAAAUAUCUUCUCUGGCAGUCUCCUACUUGCCAUCAGCUCCCAGAAAGAACGUAUCUGUAAAUGAGGAAGCCACACUGCCACUCUACAGAAAAUCCAGCUUUCCACAGACCACUUCCAACGACUGUGCCCUAGGAUCCAUCACCACAGUCACCACAAUCCCAGAACUUGUCAUAAGGGACAAGGCCCAACAAAAUGGUGAGCAGACAGGUCUGGAAACCUUUAUAGAGUAAAUUCACUCUACAAACACUGUAUGUUCCUUUUGUGGCACCAGAUGAACGAAGGCUAUACAAGUUACGUGACUUUUAAACACAAUAUCAAUGAAACCAUGUCCAGUUUCUGCUAUUGUUGUAUGAGAUGGCUGUUUCACUUGGUGGCUGAUUGAGUGGAGAAAGACCUUUUGAAGUGCCUACAGGGAUCCCACGCAUUAAUACGCACUCUGAAGGCAUCAAUACCAUGAAUUUGUCUAAUGAUGCAGAACAUCUCCUUGCUCUUUGUAAACAGCAGUUUAUUGAACGGCUCUUAAUGUGUAAUUGAGUCUGUUGCAUAGGUCAUUAUCAGUGUUUUUGUAGAUUCUAUAUUGUGUUUGAAGCAUAGAGACGACUUACGGCUUAUCCAAGUGUGACUUGUAUUCUAGCAAACUGUAUUGAUCUGGAAUGUGCAGGCUACGAAAGUCACGGUUGGUAGAGCAAAAUAAUGGUUACAGAAGGCCAGAGGGGAUUGGGAACCGGCUCUCAAUGAGGCUUUGACAUUGGUAAACAUAUUUCUAAGGGUCAUUAGUCAGAAAGCUUCAGCCCUCGGACAAAACUGCAUUUUGUUGUUGUGGAUAGUAAAUGACUCUAAAACUAUGGCAGUUAUGUAGAAAGAGCGUUUCUCAAGCACACUUCUAAAAAUGUGACAAUCAGUAGGAAUACUACGUGAUUUCCAUGGUGACUGCUCCACUUUUAGAAUUUGGACCUGACUUGCUCCUUCCUUUCUUGGCAUUUGGGGAUAUGUAAUCUUUGCCAUGAGGGCUGCUGGUGACUCGAAUCCCCGUGAUGUCUGGCUGGAUGCUCCAAUCUAGCAAAUCCAUUGAAAAGACACGGGUACUGUUACUGUACAGCUUACUACAAACAGACAGUGUAGAAAAUACUGAUUUCCUGUUAAAACUGAUUAAAUCAAUGCUAAAUGCUUGUUUACAUAAGGUUCUCUGAAAUACUUCUUUGGACAAAGUGCUAAGUUCUGUUGGGAACAUUAACAUCUCAACUGGGUUUUGGAGAGGGGGGAGCAGCAUAUCUGCUUGUAUUCCCACAUAAGACUUCACCUGUAGGCAUGCUUGUCCAUCUCUCUCUGUCUCUUUAUAAAUCCUUGUAUGUCUCAUUCUUUUAUAUACCCUCAU